AUGCAACUUUCCCUCGUCGCCACCGUCCAGUGGCUCAUGCUCCUAGCUGGAGCGUUUGCUUAUACUAUAAAAACAGGAACUGUGUCUGUGAAUGGCGAUAAGGCCUUUGACGUUGUGCCUGGCUCAGACACUGUCCAGAGAUUGACGCUCGAGUCUGUCAGAGACAAAGUGGCGGUUAGCGUGUCGCUUCUGGGCGCUAACGCUGCCAAACCACAUCAAUUGAACUAUGUGUUUUCGGACGGUAAGGGCUUGGACUUUGCUGUGUUCCCGCUGUUUGACUCCAAGGCCCAGACUGUGUCGUCGCUGCUUCUCGUGAACAAGAUCCCGGGCUCCUUGCUUAGCCAGGAGAGACUUUUCGUGUACCUUGUUGCUGCUGACGAGAGCCAGAAGAAGAAGGGUAACUUGUACACUUUGGUGGCCGAGUUGGUUCCUAGCGAUGCCUUGAAGGCUUCCAUCAACUACGAGGCUCCAACCAGACUCGGCGCGUUGCCUGAAAUCCACCACAUUUUCCGUGAAGAUCCAAAGACUGUUACUCCAAUUGUACCUCUUUUCUUUGGAGGCAUUGCUGUGGCUUUGCUUGUCAUCUUGCUCGGCAGCUGGGUCUCGGUGUUGGGCGACUCGUUGUUCGUGGCCAACCAGAGCAUCCCAUUCAAGGGCGGUUUCCUCACCACCAUCGCUUUAAUCGAGUUCACGUUCUUCAGGUACUACUUGUCGGAGACAAUCUUCACCACGAUCUUCUACGUGGGCUUGCUUACCGGCCCAGCCCUCAUCUUCGGCUCCAAGGCCUUGAAGGCCUUGACCAAGCAACGCACUGUUGUUGAGGCUUCCACAUAA